UGUGGGACGGUAGGAAUUGGCGGUUUUUCGCUUCCCAAAGGACCUUAACUCCUCCUCUCUCUCUCUUUCCACCCGAACUGAUAUCCCAGAAAAAUCCGAUCUUUUGUCGGAAUGACGUAGAAGUUCGCAUCGGUGUCGAAAAUUCUCAGUUGCAGAAAUUUGACUGCUCGAGUGCCUCGCUUUCUCUUCUGGAAUCAAAGCCUCCUAGUUAGGGCUAGGUUUUCUGUACUUCUCCAAGGAGGUGGGCCGUGGGCGAGGGGUUAGGGUUGUUGCAGAGUGACGGUUUCGACAAUUUACUUCUUCUUUUACCAUGUACGCGGAUCGGGUGGCCGCUGGGACCGGGAGGUCUGUGAAGGAGCGGCUCAACGGGAACACUGUAGAAGAUUUUGGUGAAAGUAGGCAGACCAACAACAAGAGGCAGAGGCCAAAUGCCGACAAGUGGGAACAUGAUCUCUUUGAGGAUGAUGAAGAAGCUCGUGUUGCAAAUCACAAAGUUGAUGCCAGGGAUCUUCGGUUAAAACUCCAAAAGAAGAACUCACUGCAAGUAUAUCAAAGUGGAAAGGGUAGUCUUGCAGGUGGUGUCCGAGAUCUACGUGAAAAGCUAUCUGGCACAAUGCACUCACAACCAACAAAAGCUGAUCCCCCAAAAUCAAAAUCAGCAUCAGAGGUUGCUAAACCUGCUAGAAAAAGUGUUCCAGUUGAAGCUCCAGUACCAGAAACCAAAAUUGUUUCCAAUUCAACUUCUUCGAGGAAAAAGACCCAACAAAAGGAUGGAAAAUCAGUGGGGGGUUUGCUGCAAUCUCUUGGUCUUGAAAAGUAUCAACUUAUUUUUCAGGCAGAAGAAAUUGACAUGACUGCUCUGAUGCACAUGACAGAUGAGGAUCUUAAGGCUUUGGGAGUUCCAAUGGGUCCCAGGAAAAAGAUACUUUUGGCCUUGGAUUCCAGAGCCUGAAAUUGGAGGCUGAGUGUUGGGUUCAUUUCUGUUCACUCUGGAUAUGAGCCAUCUCUCCAUGCAACAGUGAACAAUCGCAGGCUCGUGUUUUAGUUGGUGUGAGCCCUGUCAUGUAACCUCUUGGAUUAAUCAUUUAGUUGUAUUACUAAAAAUGGCUUCAACAGGAUGAGUCAGUAGUGUAAAACCAAUAGAAGAUCAAUAGGUUGGGCCCAAAGGAAGAUAUUUAGUUUCAGGAAUUAUCGGCAUCUCUCUGUAUCAAGUUCUUAA